UCUUAUCUAGCCUUACGCAAUAAAAGCGUCAAUCUUCAUAGUAAUGCUCACAUUCCCUUUCAUUGCAUUUUCUCCCCUGUUUCCUCCUCCCAAAUCCCAAUAAUAAUUCUAUUUUAUCUAUUUUUUUAUCAUUUUUACUUAAAAAAAGACAAUUUAAAAUGGGUUUUGAAAGGAAGAACAUUCUGGUAACUGGAGGUGCUGGUUUCAUUGGUACUCAUUGUGUUGUUGUGUUAUUAAAAGAAGGAUUUAAGGUUGUUAUUAUUGAUAAUCUUGAUAAUUCUGUUGAAGAAGCUGUUCAUCGGGUUCGAGACUUAGUGGGUCCUGAUUUAUCUAAAUUUCUUGAAUUUCAUCUGGGUGAUCUCAGAAAUAAAGAUGAUGUUGAAAAGCUCUUUUCUGAAAACAUAUUUGAUGCAGUAAUUCACUUUGCGGGACUUAAGGCUGUGGGGGAAAGUGUUGCUCAUCCAUUUCGUUAUUUUAAUAAUAAUUUGAUUGGAUCAAUCAAUUUGUACCAAAUAAUGGCCAAAUAUAAUUGUAAAAAGUUGGUUUUUUCAUCUUCGGCUACAGUUUAUGGACAACCAAAGAAAAUUCCAUGUGUAGAAGAUUUUGAAUUGAAGGCUAUGAAUCCAUAUGGUCGCACCAAGCUUUUCCUUGAAGAAAUUGCCCGAGACAUAUCAAAUGCAGACAAAGAAUGGAGCAUAAUAUUGCUAAGGUACUUCAACCCUGUUGGGGCACACGAGAGUGGUAAACUCGGUGAGGAUCCUAAGGGUAUCCCAAACAACCUUAUGCCUUACAUCCAACAGGUUGCUGUCGGGAGGCUACCUGAACUUAAUGUUUACGGUACUGACUAUCCUACACGGGAUGGUACUGCGAUUCGAGAUUACAUCCACGUGAUGGACUUAGCUGAUGGUCAUGUUGCUGCUUUAAGGAAGUUGUUUACUUCUAAGAAUAUAGGUUGCGAUGCCAUUAAUCUAGGGACGGGUCAUGGUGCUUCGGUGCUUGAAAUGGUUGCAGCGUUCGAGAAGGCUUCAGGAAAGAAAAUUCCACUUAAAAUGUGUCCUAGAAGACCAGGGGAUGCAACUGAAGUUUAUGCAUCAACAGACAAAGCCUAUACAGAACUUGGUUGGAAGGCGAAAUACGACAUAAAUGAUAUGUGCAGGGACCAAUGGAAGUGGGCAAGCAGCAACCCAUGGGGCUAUCAAGGAAAACCCUAACAAUGAAAUGUGUGUAUUUGGUUGAAGAUUGCUAGUAAAAAUUACCCAAAAACAGGAGAUUGAUCCUAGUGUUCAAAGCUCUUUGUCUUGAUGAGAAUAGUUUCUUCUUUUAAGUUCUAAUUAAAGGUCUAAGUGUUUAUAUUAUGACUUUUCAAAAGUAAAUAUGUCCGUCUAUUUAUUUGUAUUUAUUAUCGUAACAGUAUUGAGAUAAUGUAAUGUUGUAUUAAUAUUUCAAUCCAAA